AGAUAAUUCUAAACACUGAAAAUUAUCUCAAUUCUCUAGUCUUCAGAAGCUCUGCGUCUCAACCAAGGAGGAGAAGAAGUCAUGCAAUACAUCAAGAUCCUAGCUGCCAUCCAUCCUUGUAUCGUCCCUAGAAGAUUGCUUGCUUUCAAGGAUCUUCAAGUUCUUCGUCUCAAGGCUUGUCAUCCAUCUUUCACGGUGUAUUUCAUACUUUCUUUUAUUUUCCUUUGUUUGAUUUGUAGAGUUAUGAAUUCUAGUUAACAUGAUGUUAAGGGCAAAGUUUAAAGCCCAUUUUUAUGUUUUGAAAUAAAUUUGUAAUUUCUAUAUGUUGAUUUAUAUGUUGCUUAUGUGAGAUUGCUUAAUUGAUUGAUUUUGUUUUACAGAAAACUUUUAUAUGUAUGUGUUCUUUGGUGGCCAACUUAGGAUAUAUGCAUGUAAUUGGAGCUAAAUUUAAGUAGUAAAGGCUUUGGACAAAAGUCGAAAUCAAUUAAGGAGGAUUGCAAAUAGAUGAGCUUUCUCAUACUAGGUUGUGCACUUUGGUUGACAUCUUUUCUUUGUUCUUCAUGCAUUGAAUGUGUUCUUGAGUAGCUAGCUUUCUAGACUAUGAUUGCAUGUUCAAUAGGUUUAAUUUAGGUGCUUUCACUUAGAUUAAAUAUUGAAGGAAAGUAAAAUAUGGGAAAUCAUUUGCUUCGAAUGUUUCACAUGGUCAACUUCUUUCUUAUGACUUGGAAGAACAAUUAUAGGGUUUAAAUCAAAUCUGAUUACAUGGAAUUGGUUUUGAUCUUUGUUUCUUACGUUUCCUUCUUGUACACAUGUGGUUUUAUAUUUUCUUUAUUUUAUUUAUUUUAAUUUUUAAUUUUAUAUUCCUAAGACCCCCUUAUUUGUGUUUACUUGUAUAUAUUUCUUUUCUUUGUUUUAUUUUUGUAAAUAAUACUUUUUACUUUUACUAAUUAAUUAAUUAUUUUUGCAAUUACAGGUGUACCCUCAAUCCCCGGAAUAGAACGAUCCCUAUUUACUAUAUACUAACGAUGACAUUUGCAGGGUUAAAUUAUGCGCUUGCUUUUAGCGUAUCAUUCGUCAAAUACAAGCAACAAAGAACCAACAAGAAAGACUUCGACUCAAACCAGACAACAUACCAACUUUAGCAAUUUGGAAGAAGUUUGUCAAGACAAAAACAAGUCCAACAUUUAAGAUAUGCUAUUUUCUGAGCUAAUAAUUAAGUACAAGCUUAUAUUAAGGGGUAGUAUUAUGAUAAAGAAAAAAUGACUUCAGGCUAUAAGUGACAAGUACAAGGCAUUGAGGCGUAAAUAAGUACCACACACAUGCAGUCGCAAGUGAAUGGUUCGAUUAGCAGCUGAUAUGAAAAGAGAUAGUGCCGACUGAUCUUUUGUGUCAAGGGUUAAAGUUUGGAUCAAAUCUCGAACAAAAAAAGAUGGUACACCUGUGAAUACAGCAGUUGGUGAAACUAUUGAGAAGUUAAGAGAAGUUGAAAGUGAUUCACCCUCAUCCUCAACAACUAAUGUGAGAGAAGAUGCUCUUUCCCAAGUAUUAGGACAAGAUAAACCUGGACGAUUAAGAUGAAUGGGAAGAGGAGUUACUAUAAGCAAAUUAGCCUUCUUGCAGUCUAGGGACAAGCAUGUGUUCCAGCUAGAAGAGCAACACACUGAUAUGCGAAGUAGAAUCAAGCAUUUGGAGAGCUUAGUCCAUAAAUUAAUUGGACAUCAUGAGACAAUGCAAAAUGAGGAAGAUAAAAAUGAGCAAAAUGGGUCUCAAGUUGACAAGACUUCUCCAGUGAGUAUAUAUCAGCCCCAAAUCUCUAGACAAGUGCAAGCUUUUAGAUUGGUGUGGAAUGGAUGAGAUUGUAGCCGAAGGACGUUGGUGUUUCAAUGAUCCGAAUGAGCUUAUCAAUCAUACUCCUCUUGGAUCUAAUGCAAUGAAAGUGAGGGUAGAUAUUCCAAACAAACCAGAAGCUUUUCUUUGGAGGCCUACACCUAAUAUGAGUUGUAUGGAACAAGCUCAAGGUAAGACAAUAGCGUGGCCAGCUGAUAAAGUGGUCUUGCAAAUCAGUCAGCAAUCUGAGAAUGAAGAUAAUCUAUCUAUGCCUUCGAGUAAAAACAUGAAUUCUAUCAAGUGCAAGUUGUUCAAUUGGAGUGGAAAAGAGGAAAUAGUUGCUGAAGGUCGUUGGUUCUCUAAUGAUCCAAAAAUGAUUGUUAAUGAUAUUCCUCUCGGACCUAAUGCCAUGAUAGUUUGGGUUGAUAUCCCAACAUGUCCUGAAGCAUUUUUAUGGAGACCUACGCCUAACAUGACAUAUAUUGAAGAUGCUAUUGGCACUAAAGUAGCAUGGUCUGCUAAUAAAGUUGUUUUGGAAAAUAGUCCAAACAUUGAGGAAGUUGAAAACAUAUCAUCUCCUUCGAGUGUGAACAACAACUCCAAGAAAAAGUGCAACUUGUUAGAUUUUAGUGGCUCGGGAAAAAUAGUUGCAGAAGGACAUUGGUCUUCAAGUGAUCUAGGCGACCUUGUUCAUUUUGUUCCUUUAGGUCCUAAUGCUACGAAAGUUUGGGUUGAUAUCCCAAGGGUCCCUACUGCAUAUCUUUGGAGGCCAACAUCUGAGCUACAUUGCAUUGAAGAUGCUAUUGGUACUACAAUAGCUUGGCCAUCUGACAAAGUUGUUAUGCUUUGAAAAUCUGCAGUCCAUUGAUGAAGAUGAUGACCUCCCUCAAUUCAAUAGCAAUGCAGUAAAUUAGUUGUUAUGUUUUUGCAUUAAGUAGUCCAUAUUGGAUCCGAAGACACAACUUGUUGGUUGGACUAGUUUUUGAAUUU